UAACCAACGCCUACUACGGAUGGGCUGGAACUGAGUUCAACGCAAAAUACAAAUGUGCCUUUUUUCUGGCUACAUUGUUUCACACGUAUAGGAGGAUCCCUGAAUUUAAUGGUUACUGUAUAUUCUUAAUAGUAACAUUAUGGCUCUAUCGCAAUGUUUGGACGAUUCACCUGGAAGGUGGCCGUCAACAAGGCAGGGAAAAUAUUUGAAUGUACAGGAGUUGUAUAACGAAAAGCACCGAUUAGCGUUAGAGGAGCUUAUUUCAGGUGGAGUUAAUUCCUUUCUGGAUUUUCUAAGAAAAGAACAAAUUCCGAACUUUCUCUCAGAUGACGAGAUCAAACAGAUUGGCAGUGCUGCGGUGGUCCCGCGCUGUGCGUCCCUCCAGGGGGAAAACGUGAUCAUUGAGCAGUCGGUAAGUAGCUCCAUGGACUGCUCCUCCGUGACUUACUUUCCCGAGGUCUCAGACGUGGAGCCACCGCUGUUGGAAAUCGGCUGGCCCGCCUUUACAUCGGGCUCUUACCGAGGAGUCACUCGUGCUGUCGCACACUUCCAACCCAGCUAUGGGGAAUGCAUCUAUAGUUGUAAGGAAACUGCGAGAAGAAUGAUAAAAAGUGCCAAGGAGGUGAUUGCCAUAGUGACAGACUCUCUGACAGACCUGGACAUAUUCAAGGAUCUUCAGGAGGCAUGCACGCAGCACCGAGUUCCAGUUUACAUCCUGCUGGAACACUCAUGUGUGCCCGCAUUCCUCAAAAUGUGCAACAACAUCAAUGUGCGCCUGGACGAGCUUCAGCAAAUGCGAGUGAGGACCAUAACUGGUGGUACGUACUUCAUGAGAUCAGGGGCCAAGAUUACUGGAAAGGUUCAUGAACGGUUCAUGUUGAUUGAUGGGAACAGAGUGGCUACAGGCUCCUACAGGUUCAAUUGGACUGAUGGGAAACUAAACAGCAGCAACCUGAUUGAGUUGUCUGGCCAGAUCACUGAGAACUUUGAUGAGGAGUUCCGCAUCCUGUAUGCCCAGUCCAUGCCUGUUAUUACCAGGGGCCCAGCCAGUGCCCGAAUCAGUGGCAUCUACGACCACCUGCUCAUCAAACUCCCUGUCACGUCAUCCCCUCAGCCGGCCAGAGAAAGGCCCCCAGUCGAGCCUGUCUGUCUGGAAGUAUUGGGGGAAAUUGUCUGUCUGACCAGCACACCCAGCCGGGCCCAGGCUGUGGCAGUGCUGCCCCACAGAGAGGAGACUGGGGAGAGGGGCCGUAAGAGCAGCCCGGUCUCGGACUCCUCCACCAUAGGGGAAGACUGGAUGGAGCAGCAGCACAUGCAGGAGAUCCUGUCUGGAAGUGCUGCUCAGUGCUUGCCUACAGGUGACCCUGCCACUGUCACAGCAGCAGUGGAUGUGCUGGUCACACCCCUCGUCACUCCUUGUCAUGUCUCCACCCAGACCAGCUGCCCCAUGGUGGACAGUGGAGUGCAGACAGAUCUGACUCAGUACACUAACCGCCUCUCCCCCAACAAGGCUACAGUUACCCACUUUACCACCACCAAUAACCAGACCGACAACAUCCAGAAUGAAGCUGCCUCCUCAGAUUCCAUCUCUACCUCCCCCAGGCAGCACCUCGUCCCCCAUGGGGUGGACCAUUGCCCUGCAAUCCGUCACUGUACCUCGCCCCCCGAUGGGAACCUGAGGGAGUGCUUCCACAAGCUGACCAAAGAGCGUCAGUAUCACUACUCCAACAUCCGCUCCAAGCUGGAGCACAUGGGGACCAUGCUGUCCCACCGCCGUGAGCUGGUAGACCUCACCAACAUGGCCCCGGGGCUCGGGCUGCAUAGAGCAUGCAAGUCCCAGAAAGAGUGGAAACAGAGGCAGGGGCAUAACCCUGGCCUGCUGAUGGACAGUGUGGGCAUGGACACUUGGCCAAAGGCCAGAUGUCUACAAUAAAAUAACUUAUUGGGCUGCAGGGCCUUGGAGAUUAUGGGUGUUGUGGAAAGGGUUCUGUGUUUCGUAGGUAUACACUACCUGAAACAAAUGGGUUUAAAGGGCAAUAUGAAAUAUUUGAGGAUUAUUCUUCCUUAGUCUUAAGAUUUUGAAAGUACACUACAUGGCCAAACUGAUGUGGACACCCCUUCAAAUUGGUGGAUUCGGCUAUUUCAGCCACACCCGUUGCUGACAGGUUAAUGAAAUCUAGCACACA